UGGUUACUUAUUUCCCAUCUCAUCAAAUCUUUCAACUCUCAAAAGAAGAUUGCUUCAUUCUCAACAAGAAGAAGAUUUUUAGUUUCCAAAAUGGCAUCACAAUUUGCUCUGUUAUUAGGAUUAUUGGCUAUAACUUGUUCGGUUGCUUUUGCAUCUGACAAUAAUCCUCUUCAAGACUUCUGUGUUGCAGACAACAGUAGCUCAGUGCUAGUGAAUGGUUUGGUGUGCAAGGAUCCAAAGCUUGUAGAAGCGAAUGACUUCUUGUUUAGAGGCCUACACUUAGCAGGCAAUACAUCGAAUGCAGUUGGAUCGAAGGUGAAUUUAGUAAAUGUUGAACAAUUUCCAGCGCUUAACACUCUUGGCAUUUCCAUGGCCCGCGUUGACUACGCACCAUUGGGCAUCAACCCUCCCCACAUACAUCCUCGGGCCACUGAAAUUUUGACUGUAAUUGAAGGGAGCCUACAAGUAGGGUUUGUCACCUCUAACCCAGAAAAUCGUUUCAUCACAAAGCUACUUCAGAAGGGUGAUGUGUUUGUAUUCCCGAUGGGUCUUAUCCAUUUCCAGCGUAAUGUUGGACAUGGUAAUGCACUAGCCAUUUCAGCACUUAGCAGUCAAAAUCCUGGUAUUAUUACCAUUGCAAAUGCUGUCUUUGGGUCAAAACCUGCAAUCUCUAGUGAUCUUCUCUCAAAGGCUUUCCAAGUGGAUAAAAAUAUAAUUGUUCGUAUGGAGUCUCAAUUCUAAACAUUCAUUCCAAAGCAACAAAUCAAGAAGAAGAAUGUCUAGACCAUUUGUUUCAAGAUUUUAGAAUUUUUAUAUUUUACUUUAUUGUUUGGCAAGUUGAUUUGUUAUUUUUUACCAGAACAAUAGUCUAGGAAGGUUGAUUUGUUAUUCUUUGAUUGAUUUUUCAAAAUAUAAGUAAAAGAAUGUAAUAAGUUUGUAAACUUCAUUACUUUUACAGCUUAGAUUAUUCUGAGUUUGUUAAAUAUUUAAUUGUUUUUAGUGUAUAUCAAGAUUUGAUAUAUCUGGAUAUUAUU